AUGACGACCGCCCAUAGGCCCACCUUCGAUCCCGCACGCGGUAAAGAGGCCCAGCGUGGACCUGCCUAUCAUCAGCGACUCCUCCCUGCGCAUACAACACUCAAGCAUAGACAACCAGGCCAGGGCGGAGAUGUCGAUAAACAAAAGCGCGACCUGCGCGCCGAACUCUUGGAGGCAGAGGCACGCUAUGCGGCGAAGAGGAACGGCACAUACGUAGAGCCGGACGCCGCGGCCGAGCCUGGAAGUGCGCCUAAGCGCCAGAUUGACAACGUGUCAGUUGACAAAGACGGCGAAGAAGACGAAGCAGCACAGAAACGGCGGCGAAUAGAAUUACUUGAAAAGUUCAGGGAUGUGGAUGCGGACGAUAGCAGUAGUGAGGAAGAGAGUAGCGACGAUGACGAUGAAGACGGCGAAGGAGCCCUUCAGAGGGAGCUCGAGAAGAUCAGAAAGGAGCGUGCUGCAGCUAAAGCCAAGGAGGAGGCCGAACGAGCUGCCGAAGAGGAACAACAACGUGAAAUCGAUGUUGCUCGGGGCAACCCGCUGCUCAACGCCAAAGACUUUACCAUGAAGCGCCGAUGGGACGACGAUGUCGUAUUCAAGAACCAAGCACGUGGUACAGAGGACAGGAACAAAAAGAAGGAAUUCAUCAACGACAUGCUGCGGUCCGACUUUCACAAGAAGUUCAUGUCCAAAUACGUGCGAUGA